GCCCACAGCCCUCCGCACACAAUAACACUGCUUAUGUUUUGCAAGAAUUUUUACAUUGGCAUUGCUUAAAUGCCUUUUGUCUGCCUUUCCCUCUGAAGCCUCUCAGAAGAAGGAGAAAAGUGUAGAUUUGAACAGACUUAACUCCAGCACAGAGAGGACACAAUGCCAGACUUGUGAUGUUUAAGGUGGUGAGAGACACAAACUAAAAACCACAUGAAGCUGAAAACAGACUUAUGCUAAGAACAAUGGAUACCCAAAAAGAGAACGGCAUCUCUCCAAAAGAGAAUGGGAGCCAAAGAAGACCACCCUCCUAUUCUGUAGAGACACCCUAUGGAUUCCAUCUGGACCUGGACUUUCUCAAGUAUGUCGAUGACAUUGAGAAAGGCAACACUAUUAGGAGGGUGCCAAUGCAGAGAAGGCAAAGAGGGAGAAAUAAUGGUGUCCUGUCACGUAACUUAAGCCUUCCAGGUUAUGGAUGCAGAAAUACAGAGUGGAACUCAGUACGCACUUUAUGGCCCAAAACAAAACUGGGAGACUCUCAACAACAUUUUGAGUUUCGAUCUAGUGACAGUGUUUCGGCUGGAUAUGCCAGGAGGGGAGAACCCAUCUAUAAGUCCUUCACAUCUGCAGAGAUGGAGGCUUUUGAUGAGCAGCCCUUAGGAUGUUACGUCAGGCCAAAUCUCUUGAGAGCCUCCAGUUUACCCUUGACCGUUUUAUUGAGAAAACACUCUGAGUCAACGGAGGAUCCAACCAGCCCUAGCAGCCCCAAGGAAUAUCUAAUGCAGGAAACCGGCUCUUCUGAAGAUGUAUUCCAUGCCUCCGACAGAAGGAUAGGUAGAGCAAACGGGACCCUCCAGCGGCUCACUGCAGCUCUUGAACGAGUUGGGGAAUUAGAAGAGGAGAUCCGAGUCGUUCCUGAGCUCAAGGCGCAGAUAUGUAUUUUGCAGGAGGAGCGAGAGAGACUUUUGCUCCAAUUACAUUCCCAAAACAAGACCACCGGGCCACUGGAUGUACCCACUGCUCCUCUACACAUUAAGAACUGGGACACUUCUUCGACUAUCAGAGAAAAUCAAGACAAAGCAAGCGAUGACUGGAUGAACCGAGAAUAUGACCGGCUAGAGAAAAAUGUCAAGGUUUCUUCUGAACAAGUUGAUGCAGUUGCAAUGACUUCAACUACUGAAAGAUUUCUUCCAGAGAUUGAAAGAUGUAAAACGGUCUCAAGAGAAAGAGAUCUCUUAGAAACUGGAGACAAAACUAAGUCUCUCACUGAAAGUCUCCAGAGAAAAGUUGUUUUGCUGGAACAGAAACUUCAUGAAUUCGAGGUAGAGCUAGACAAGACAAGAGCUUUGCAGAAAGAGCAAGUAAAGGAGAGUCUUCUCAAGGAUGAGAAGAUCAAGAAGUUGACCGUACAGCUUGAAAUGGGGCACACACUGGCCAAGGUGAUUUCAUCUGAAAGCUCCUUAGUAAGUACACAAAGUCUUGAACCUGUGGUAGAACUGCAGGAAACAUUAAUAAGUGGGCAAGAGAUGCCAACAGUGGAGGCAACUGUUUCUCAAGUUCUGGAUGAACCUCCAGUAUCACAUGCAGAUGUGGAGCACCAUGUGAAAAGAUUACAAGAGCUCCUUCAGGAGCAAUGGGAAUGCCUUUGUGAACACGACUCAUCAGGGAAAAUGUCUUUAGACCACUUGCCUCCACGUGUCUCUACUAUUCAAGAGCAGUUAACAACUUUGGUCACCAUUCUUUCCCUCUAUGUGUUUCCUACUGGUGAUGCUUCACAACCAGGAGAGAACCCCAAGAGAGAACAUCUGAAGACAAUCAGCAUAAGAGACAGUGGGAGCAUGGAGACAGAGGAAAUAAGUACUGCUAUCAAACCACAAGAGCAUGCAGAAGUGGAUGCUGGCCUUAGGAAGAACACAACUAAAGAAGAAGGCAAACUAUGGACCACAUGGACAACAGAGUCCAGCAUACAAACAUGCAAAAGUAAAAAUGCAGAAUUCAGUCCAAAAGAAGAUGCCAUAGAUGUAGAGACCACAAAACAAGGAAAUCUACACAAGCAAACAAGUCAGGCAAGAGAUCUAGAGGAUCAGAUAGAGGAAGAAGGGAAUGAUUGCAUUUCUUUGAGCACGGACUCAGAACAGAAAUCUCUGGCAAUGAAGAAAAACAGGAAAGCUGUUGAUAAAGAUUUCAUAGAGGCAUGCUAUUUCAUGAGAGACCACAUGGAUAAAGUGUCAGAACCUGAUAAUGAACUGAGCCAGGCUCUCACUGUGGUGUUCCAGCAGUGGUUUCACAUCUCUGCUGAGGAGGGAGCAUGUACCGACACUGUUGCUUUGUAUCUCAACGAGGUUAACUCACAAACACCCACAGUCCUUCAGUUCCUGGUCAACAUGGCGGAUGAUAAUGGGAACACCGCCUUGCACUAUAGUGUGUCUCAUUGUAACUUCAGCGUCGUUAAGCUCCUUUUAGACACAGGUGUAUGUGAAGUGGACCUGAGAAACAAGUCUGGCUACACUGCUAUCAUGCUGGCCUCCUUGACAGCUGUAGAAUCACCAGCAGACAUGAAAGUGGUCCAGCAGCUGAUGGAGCUUGGUGACGUCAAUGCCUGUGUUGGGCAGGUGGGACAAACAUCUCUUCACUUGGCAGUAAGACAUGGACGUGUUCCAAUGGUGCGUCUCCUGCUAGAACAGGGAGCAGAUCCUAAUGCCCAGGAUCACGCAGGAACCACUCCACUGAUCAGCGCCUGUGAUCGGGGACACAUCAACAUUGUUCGAAUUUUGUUACAGGAAGCAAACUGCGAUGCCAAUUUAAAAGACAAGGGUGGCCGCAGUGCGUUAUCUCUGGCAACACAGGCCUCUCACACAGAGAUAGCAGACCUCCUGAAAGCCCGCACAGAAACCAAGAGCUCAGACAAAUGCAAGGUAUCUUAGAGCGGAGCUUGGGUAUCUCACUCAUUUCUACAUUAAUAAACAUACAUGUACAGCAAUAACAUGUCAAUAUCUUAAAGCCAGGAAGGCAGUAGUUUGCUAAUAUAAAGCUUGUCAAUGUACAUAUAACUGUCUCAGAACUGGCAAUAACAGUUAAAUGUGCAUCUUUCCUAUAAAUUCCACUCAGAUCAUAAAAUAUAUUUUGUAACCAAUGCAGUUUCUUAUUUUUCUUCUUAUGUACUUAAUAAAUGAAACUAUUCUAUUAAACUAGUCCAAAUCCUUUGGAUGGUUGACUGUGUAUUUGAACACAAUAUGCUUAUCCAUUGAAUGCCAAACAAAUCUGACAUCUUCAAAGCAGUGUGGUUUGCUAGUCUAGAGGAUUUUCUUCAGUACAGUAAAUCAGCUGAAGAGAAUUCUUUAACAUCUACAUUGCAGUUCUUUGCCAUCAUGAAGGUUUAUUAUUUGCAUGAAUUGUAAAAGUGUUGUAUUUUAUGUAUUAUUUUUUUAAUGUACUUAUCACGUUUGCAGAUAUUUAGGAAACAUGCUAAAUUCACAGUUGCUUCUCCAAAAAACAAGAACUGUAAGGACUGCUGCUUUUUUAUAAUGUCCGCUGGCUGUUUAAUUAUCAUUUGAAACUGGCAGCUCCGGUAGUAAGAAGAAAGGAUUUAUCUUGAACACUGUCAUGGAAAUUAUAUAUAAACUCUAAUUAAAGGAUUUAAUAAUCAAUCUAAAAUGAUUUUUUACCUGUAUUGUAUUAGGCUGUACGUAGUGGAUAAGCGCUAUGUAAAAUGAAUGGAUGGACGAUUCAGCUGCAAGUGCUAUCUUCUGGCGAAACACAACAUUUCAUUCGGUGUGCGACUCUCACAGUGCAUUGUGGGUGUUCUCUAGCCAUUGAGCAUACAUUAUUUGUUUUAAUGUACUCGAUAUGUCCACUAAGGUUUCGGACAUCACUAAAAACUAAGUGCCCUAUUUAAGCGAAUGGGGGUGAUUUCGGAACAGGGUCUGGCCCUGUUCCAAAUAGCACACUUCAUGACUUACAAUGGCCACCUUGUUUACCUGUCUGUUACGUCCACGAGACCGUAGGGUAUCCCAUUCAUCAUUUUGGCCUUCAGAAAGGUGCUCAUGAGCGCCCCCUUUGGGGCCACUAUGCACCCUCGAUGCACACUUCUGGCGAGCUCAGCAGUAGACUUCUACCCGAAAGUCAAAGCGGCAUUACUUCAUGAAUGUGUGGACUCAGAGGAAGACUGCAAGGGUUUAGGGUGUGAUUUGGAACAUGGACACUGUUUUUGAUUUGCUCUGUGUGACUCCACCCAAUGCCAAUUGACCCAAUAGUAUUUCUGCAACAGU